AUGGGUUCGAUAGAAGCGGCCAAAAACCAGUCAAAUUUACAAGUAGACACACUGGAUGACCCAGAAGUCAAAGCAAGCCUUGCUACUCUCCGGCAAAUAGUCUCAUCAUGUAUGGGUCCUCAUGGAAAAAUCAAAAUUAUUCAAAACGCGUCUGGUGGGCCAAUAACGCGAACCACAACCUCUUCGCGUCUGUUCAACUCUAUUUCGCUGUCUAAACCUGUUUUAAAACUGGUAGUCAACUCUGUCAAGUCUCAUGUAGAUCAGUUUCAAGAUGGUGGCUUGAUGGCGUGUUUGUUUUGUUUGUUGUUGGUGGAGUCGUCAGUUGAGUCGGAUAUCAAUAGAUCAAUUUUAGCCGAUCUCUUCCAAGUCUUUUACGAAAUUAUUGAUGACUAUUUGAGUUCUGAAGAAUGUGCUUGCAAAUACGAAAUGGAUUUCUCAAAUCUGGACGCAAUGAUGGCAUUUGUUCAAAACAUGUACGAUUCAAAACCGUUUUGUGGUCUCUAUGGUUACCAGCUUGAGGAAUUUUCCCGCCUAAUUCUUCAAACAUUUCUGCAGUGUAUUCCUGAUAUGGCGAGUUCAAAGGCCAGUUUUUAUACAACCAGAAUUUAUCUUCUGUGUGUGAAACACGAGGAUAUGAACUUCUCCCAGAAUUUGAGUGGAUUAGUUUUAGAAUAUCCAGAGUUAUCUUCCCUGAAUGAGAAAAAGCUGAGUGUCAAACGGAGCCUGGAUUCGGUAGAUUGUGAUCGAAUCAAAGUAGCGUUAAUAAAUUGCUCAAUGUCAGGUGAUGUGGAAUCAGAACUGAAUGCAAAUUGUGAGGUUGCAACUGGAAUGGAUCCUGAUUUAUUUUUUACUGAGAAAAUUCUCUCAUUCUGCUAUCAGCUGGUUACUAAGGAAGUAGGUUUAGUUUUAUGUCAGAAAGUGAUGCAUCCCAGAGUGAAGGACUAUUUAAGAAGUAAAGGUGUGUUAUUUAUAGAUCGACUGGGAGCAAUGCCCAUUCCGUAUGUUCAAGAUGUCACAGGUGCCUCACCAAUUGGCCUUUUAACAGACGGGCCGUCAGAUGGGAUGUUUGGUUGGUUAGAUCAGGUUGAACAUCUAGUGAUUAAUAAUCAGAGUUAUCUCCACCUACAGGAAGUUGAUAGUUGUAUAAUAACGUUGGUACUCGCUACACCCGAAGAUGACAAACUUGAUGAAUUAAAGACUACAACAUUAGGUGUAUUACGUAAUUUAGAAAGAUUAAUAAUUCAACCUGAAGUAUUGUUUGGUGGAGGUUGCUGGAAUACACAUAUAGCCGCCUAUCUUAGACAUCAUGUACAAGAAAAUAUGGAGUCAAUUGCAGAGUCACAUGACUGUAUGGAAUCCAUGGUAACCACUGCAGCAGACAUGUUUGCUAAAUGUUUAGAGAAGAUCGCUAUGGUAACCAGUCCAGAGGGCAUGGAUCACCUUAUUGACCUUACUAACUACCAUGUCUGGAGAGUUCCGAAAGGGGAGAUAAAAGAUACAUCGUCUAUAGUCAAAUCAUCAAGUAUUAAAUGUGGUUGCAAUGUUUUCGAUAGCACAACAGUUAGUGAUUUUAGGUUUGAAAGAGAAAAAGUUGCUGCUAAGGUUUCCAAAUUUGAUCCUACAAGGUUAAAUGCUGAUGGUAUUAGUUGUUAUAUUGUAUCUGAUAGUUUGGCUGUUGUCAAUAAUGCGUUAAGAAUUGCUAUUAAUACUGCUAGUUCUAUUAUUACCAUGGGUCAGUUUAUACAUGACACUAAUUAA